AUGACAAAGGUAAAAGAAUCAUCAGAAUCUGGUACAAAUAAUAUCCUUCAAAAACAUAAUCUGAAAACAUCUAUAUCACAAAGUUUACAAAAAUGGAGAAAUACAUUUAAAAGAAUUACACAUGAAGCAUUAGUUACUCUCGAUGAAGCAUCGUCGACUACAGAUGAUAAAAUUGACGCAUUAUUCCACAACGGGGACUCAGCCUCCUCAUUAAACACAAGUUUGUCCUCCAAUUCCAGAACAGCAGCCCGAAAUUCUGCAAAUCUAAAUGCAAGGGUAGAAAUGAGACUGACCGAUGAAACAGAAUCAUUAGAUGGCUCAUCAUCCGAUAAUAGUUUAGGUGACUCCACCUCAGCAGAUGAGAAUGAGGAUGGUCAAAGGACAGUUUCAUAUGAUACUUAUGAUGCUCCUGUAAGAUGUAAAAAGCUACGACAAGAACUUGGUGAGCCAUUUUGGCAGGCUGAUAUCAUUUGGAGAGAAAGAAGAGAUUUAUGGGUUGAACCUGUACAAUUCAAUGAAUAUGUUAAAGACGCAAACUCUAAAAAAACUAGAAAAGCUUUUAAAAAGAUUCCAAUCGAUUAUUAUCCUCGAAUUUACCAAAAAUUGGCCGUCGAUGAUAAACCAUUAAGAGAACCUUUGAAUCUUGAAGAUGCUGUGCAGGUUAUCAAUUCUGGUUGGACAGAAACAAAAAAGUGGUCAAAUAUGAGAUAG